AGUCGGAUUCGAUCGCAAUUUUAUUCGCUUUUCUUUCACGCCAGCUUUAUUUAUCGAAUUUUUGGUCAAUUGUUAAUGGGGAUGUGCUGUUGCAAUCACAGGGGAUACGCAAUUCAGUAUUAUUUUACAGUCGAUUUGUAAUUUGUGUUGUAACAAAAAUUCCGGUAAAAAAGCCGGGAAAAAAAUGCGAAUUUGAUCAUGUUUUCUGUUUGGUUCCCGAGAAACGCUAGGAAAAGAUCGAAAUUUUGUUCUGUGUAAAGCAUUGAGUACGACGUCAGUGAAAUUCUUUAGUCGAUUUUGUGUACUCUGAUAGCAGAAGAAGGAUCGGCUUAAAAAAGCAGAAUCAGUGCCAAUUUGAUAUUUCUUUUUCCUGUUUGGUUCCCUAGAAAUGCCAAUUUACUCAAUUUCUUUAUUUUCAUUCGGAUUUGAUCCAAAUUUUAUUCGCGUUUCUCUCACGCCAGCUUUAUUUAUCGAAACUUUGGGUCAAUUAUUGAGUACGACGGGCUGUCGCAAUCUUAGAUGACACGCAGUCGGCAAAAGAAGGCAUUCAAUUUUGAAUAUCGUUAGCAGAAAAAGGAUCAGGCGAAAAUAAAACGCGAAAAGAAUGGCAAUUUGAUUGUAUUUUCUGUUUGCUUCCCGGGAAACGCUAGGAAAAAGAUAGAAUAUUUGCUGCAAUUUUUCUGCUCCAGGCAGGAAUUUGGUUGAGAAGUGUUUCAGCAUAAUCUGAAAUGGCUUCGUCUGUUCUGAUCUCUGAUACUCAGCCGUGGAAGGAUUUGAAGGCUCACGUUGAAGACAUAAAGAAGACCCAUUUGCGCAACUUGCUGAACGAUGUCAAGCGGUCCCAGGCAAUGACGGUUGAGUUUGAUGGGCUCCUGUUGGACUACUCGCGGCAGUGUGCCACAGUUGAAACCUUGCAGAAGCUCCUCAAGUUGGCGGAGGCUGCAUCCCUCAAAGAGAAGAUUAAUCGAAUGUUUGGUGGAGAGCAUAUAAACAGCACAGAAAAUAGAUCGGUGCUUCAUGUUGCUCUUCGUGCUCCAAGGGAUGCAGCUAUACAGUGUGAUGGGAAAAAUGUGGUCCCAGAUGUUUGGGAAGUUCUGGACAAGAUCCAAAAGUUCUCAGAGAGUAUUCGAAGUGGAUCUUGGGUUGGAGCGACAGGAAAAGUAUUGAAGGAUGUUAUUGCGGUUGGUAUUGGUGGCAGCUUCUUAGGUCCUCUAUUUGUGCACACAGCUCUUCAAACAGAUCCAGAGGCUAUGGAAGCAGCAAAGGGAAGGCAGCUGCAUUUUCUUGCAAAUGUUGAUCCUAUUGAUGUUGCCAGAAAUAUUGCAGGGUUCAACCCAGAAACUACCCUUGUUGUGGUAGUUUCAAAGACUUUUACAACAGCUGAAACUAUGUUGAAUGCUCGAACCCUUAGGGAAUGGAUUUCAUCUUCUCUCGGGCCUGCUGCAGUUGCAAAGCAUAUGGUUGCAGUCAGCACUAAUCUUACGCUUGUAGAGAAAUUUGGAAUUGACCCAAGAAAUGCUUUUGCAUUUUGGGACUGGGUUGGUGGCCGAUAUAGUGUUUGUAGUGCUGUUGGAGUGUUGCCUUUAUCUCUUCAGUAUGGGUUCUCAGUUGUUGAGAAGUUCUUAAAGGGAGCUUCAAGCAUUGAUCAACACUUCUACUCAACACCAUUUGAGAAAAAUAUACCUGUUCUUUUAGGUCUGUUGAGCAUAUGGAAUGUAUCAUUUCUUGGAUACCCUGCAAGAGCUAUCUUACCAUACUCCCAAGCACUGGAGAAGCUUGCUCCGCACAUUCAACAGGUUAGCAUGGAAAGUAACGGCAAGGGUGUAUCAAUUGAUGGUGUAAUACUUCCCUUUGAGACUGGUGAAAUUGACUUUGGUGAACCUGGAACAAAUGGUCAGCACAGCUUUUACCAACUAAUUCACCAGGGUCGUGUUAUUCCUUGUGACUUUAUUGGUGUUGUGAAGAGUCAGCAACCUGUUUACCUGAAAGGUGAAGUGGUGAGUAAUCAUGAUGAGCUCAUGUCUAACUUUUUUGCACAGCCCGAUGCCCUUGCCUAUGGAAAGCACCCAGAACAGCUGAAGAAAGAGAAUGUUCCAGAGCAUCUUAUCAAUCAUAAGACUUUCACUGGAAAUCGGCCAUCUCUCAGCCUGCUGCUUCCAUCACUUAAUGCUUACAACAUCGGGCAGUUGUUGGCAAUUUAUGAACACAGAAUUGCAGUUGAAGGUUUCGUAUGGGGAAUCAAUUCUUUUGACCAAUGGGGAGUAGAAUUGGGAAAGUCAUUGGCUAGUCAAGUUAGAAAGCAACUCAAUGCAUCUCGUACAAAAGGGCAACCUAUCGAGGGCUUCAACUACAGUACCACGUCGUUGUUAACAAAAUACUUGGAGGCAAGUAAAGAUAUCCCUGCUGACCUUCCGACACUUUUGCCACAGAUAUAGUUGCCUUUUGCCGGAGUUAAUCAACUUUAAAGUCAGCUGAACGAAUAAAUUAACCUCAUGUAUAUCAACUACAAUCAAUACGGCAUAACGCGGUACCGGUUUUGCUUGCAAUUUUCUAAUACCUUACAUUGAUCAUAAUUGUAGUCGAAUUGAUACAAUUCUGGGUUCCAAGAAAUGCUGUCCAAACAAAUAGAUGCAUAUAAUAUAUCUCUAGCAAUUUUGCAA